AUGGCGGCCCACCAUGGUCCUAUCAACAACGGCGUCCGGCUCUCCUCAUUCGACAAUGACCCCCAGCGCAUUGUUGCUGUUCACGCGUCCGAUGGCGCUACGGGCGAGCAAGUCGAGAUCAAGUAUACCAACUGUAAAGUCAUUGGGAAUGGCUCUUUUGGUGUCGUCUUUCAAGCGCGCCAACUAGGUGUAGCUAAGCAUCUGGAGGACAUCGCGAUCAAGAAGGUUCUGCAAGACAAGCGCUUCAAGAAUCGUGAGUUGCAAAUCAUGAGGCUUGUUAAGCACCCGAACGUUGUGGACCUCCGCGCAUUCUUCUACUCCAGCGGCGACAAGAAAGACGAGGUGUACCUAAAUCUCGUGCUUGAAUAUGUACCUGAGACAGUAUACCGCACCUCGCGGCACUAUGUCAAGCUCAAGCAGCCAAUCCCCAACUUGCAAAUCAAGCUGUACAUGUAUCAGCUCCUUCGUUCGCUCGCUUACAUCCACAGUGUUGGGAUCUGUCACCGUGAUAUCAAGCCCCAGAACCUGCUGUUGAAUCCUUCCACUGGUAUCCUGAAAUUGUGCGACUUUGGCUCUGCGAAGAUCCUGGUCCCAGGAGAACCUAAUGUUAGCUAUAUCUGCUCACGCUACUAUCGCGCGCCGGAGCUUAUUUUUGGCGCUACAAACUAUUCGACUAACAUUGACAUUUGGUCUACUGGAUGCGUAAUGGCAGAGCUCAUGCUUGGCCAACCCUUGUUCCCAGGAGAGAGUGGCAUCGACCAACUGGUCGAGAUCAUCAAAGUACUGGGCACACCUACUAGAGAACAAAUUAAGACUAUGAACCCGAACUACAUGGAACAUAAAUUCCCCCAGAUCAAGCCGCAUCCUUUCUCUAAGGUAUUCCGCCCCCGGACUUCGCCUGAAAUGCUCGACCUUGUAUCCCGCCUGCUAGAAUACACUCCCACCGCUCGCCUGAGCGCGAUUGAGGCGAUGUGCCACCCGCUGUUCCAUGAAUUGCGUCAAGAGGGAACAAGCAUGCCGAGUGGGCGGGAAAUGCCUGCAUUGUUCAAUUUUACCCGGGAAGAAUUGUCCAUCCGUCCCGACUUGAACUCGACACUUGUACCCGCAUGGCGUGAGGCUGAGUUACAGUCUCGGGGGAUCGACAUUCACAACUUUACGCCUAUACCACUGGAGCAAUUGCGGAUUACGCUGGAUUAA